CAAUUUAUGCUUAAAAAGUUGCGAAAUUUGAAGAGUGGACUGAGCAAGAAUGUCAUUGAGGUACACCUCGUCGAGCCUAGGGCUCAGCUACAAGAAGAAUCGGCUUAUGUGCAUCUAAACAAAUCGAGGUCAGAACCGAAAGCAAAAUAUCAAGCUCAUUACAAUUCCUAUUUUUCUGUCGUUUUUACUCUUUGCAUCUAUCGUCAAAAUCGCUCUCCCACUCUUCUAGACGACCGAGUCUCCGUCGAACUCCGGCCAGCCAGUUUUGCCUCUUUGCCACGUCGAUUGUCAGGCAGCUGUGGCAGUCAGCUGACUGGCCAGCAGGGCUCAGUAGGUCUGAGCCAUCCCGGUACUGGUACAUCGACGACCACUUCUGACAGUUGGCAGGGCGCUAAGCGUCGGCUGAUCAUCGGUGGGUUUGGUUCUACCACUGGCAAGGGUGGAGGAGGUGGUGGCAGUGGUGGACUUGGACAGGGUCUUGCUGCUCUCUGUGGCCUCGUCGAGCCGGUUAUAGGCGUGUAA